AUGGCCAUGGCCGAAACGCGAGCGGCAUUCUCCCUGCUCCUCCUCCUCUUCCUCCUCUCCCCCUCCGCGGCGGAGAUAAAGUCCCUCACCAUAAGCUCCGACACCCGCCCCAUGAUCCUGUUCGAGAAAUUUGGCUUCACGCACAAAGGCCACGUGUCCAUUGCCGUCUCCUCGGUCUCCGUCGGCGUCCUCUCCUCGGCGGUGCAGCCGGAAUCCUCGCGGUUGGGAUUCUUCCUCUUGAACGAAGAGUCUCUCCUCCAAGUCCUUAUGGAGAUCCAACAGAACCCUUCCUUCUGCGUCCUCGACUCCCGCUACAUCUUCCUCCUCUUCACAUUCCGCGACCUCUCCCCUCCCCCUGUCGCCUCAUUCAACGGCUCAUACCCGGUCACCAACCCUAACGAGUACAGCCUCUUCUUCGCCAACUGCGCUCCGGAAACCUCCAUCACCAUGGUUGUCCACACCGAGGCCUACAAUCUCGACUCCGACGGUUCCCGCGACUACCUCUCCGCCGGUCAGACCCAGCUCCCUUCCCUCUUCUUCCUCUUCUCAAUAGCCUACCUCGCCUUCUUCUCAUUCUGGCUCUACCUCUGCUACACCAACAAACGCUCCUUUCACCGCAUUCACAUCCUCAUGGCGCUCUUGCUCCUCAUGAAGGCUUUGAAUCUAAUCUGUGCCGCCGAGGAUAAGCAUUACGUCAAAGUCACCGGCCUCCCUCACGGCUGGGACGUGUUGUUUUAUAUAUUUCAGUUUAUCCGCGUCGUUUUGCUCUUCACCGUCAUCGUUUUGAUAGGGACGGGAUGGUCUUUUCUGAAACCAUUUUUGCAGGACAGGGAGAAGAAGGUGUUGAUGAUUGUGAUCCCGCUUCAGGUUCUCGCUAACUUGGCUUCCGUUGUGAUUGGUGAAACCGGGCCUUUUAUCAAAGACUGGGUUACAUGGAAUCAGGUGUUUUUGCUUGUGGAUAUUAUCUGCUGUUGUGCUAUUAUUUUCCCAAUUGUUUGGUCUAUAAGGUCGCUGAGAGAGACCUCCAAAACCGAUGGGAAGGCGUCGAGGAAUUUGGCCAAGUUAACGCUUUUCAGGCAGUUUUAUAUUGUUGUUAUUGGGUACUUGUAUUUCACGAGGAUAGUGGUGUUUGCGUUGAGGACUAUUGCGGCUUAUAAGUUCCAAUGGGUGAGUAAUGCUGCGGAGGAAACCGCAAGUCUUGCGUUUUAUAUUGUGAUGUUCUAUAUGUUUAGACCUGUGGAGAAGAAUGAGUACUUUGUGCUUGAUGAGGAGGAGGAGGAGGCUGCAGAGCUUGCUCUCAAGGAUGAAGAGUUUGAGCUUUGA